AUGGAAAGCCGGAGAAAUAUCUCAGAAUUCAUUCUUCUAGGACUUUCUUAUAACAAGAACAUACAAAUAUUUUGUUUUGUGUUCUUCUUAUUCUGCUAUGUUACCUUGUUGGCAGGUAAUCUUCUGAUCCUUGCCUCUGUUAGAUGCAGUCCUCUUUUUGACCAACCAAUGUACUAUUUCCUCAUCCACUUGGCCACCAUGGACAUCUGCUACACCUCCACUGUUACUCCUAAGUUAAUUGGUGACCUGCUGGUGGAAAGAAAGACCAUCUCCUAUGGUAGCUGCAUGUUGCAGGUCUUUACAAUGCAUUUCUUUGGGGGCAUUGAAAUCUUCAUUCUCACCGCCAUGGCUUAUGAUCGUUAUGUUGCCAUCUGUAAACCUCUCCACUAUAUGAUUAUCAUGAACAGGACAAGAUGUGAUCUCCUGGUCUUAGGUGCUUGGGUGGGUGGAGCUGUCCAUUCCUUUCCUCUCUUUAUCAUGGCAGUCAUUUUGCCCUUCUGUGGUCCUAAUGAAAUUGAUCAUUAUUUUUGUGAUGUUUUUCCUUUGUUAAAAGUUGCCUGUACUGACACCUACCUCACUGGUAUCCUUGUCAUCACCUUCUCAGGUAUUCUUUCCUUAGUUAUCUUUGUUGUCUUAUUUCUUUCCUAUGGUGUUAUAUUAUUCACAUUAAGAAAGCAGUCUGCUGAGGGAAGACGCAAAGCCCUCUCCACCUGUUGGUCUCAUAUCACUGUGGUUGCCUUCUUCUUUGCACCUGCAAUCUUUAUCUACCUUAGACCUCCCACUACAUUUCCUGAGGACAAAAUAUUUGCACUAUUUUACACCAUUGUUGCCCCUAUGUUCAAUCCCUUAAUUUAUACCCUGAGAAAUGCAGAGAUGAAAAACACCAUGAGGAAACUGUGGUGUCAAAUAUUACUAUUCAAAAGAAGCACAUAA